CCCGCCGCGCGGCCAUGUCGGAGUAUGAGAUCUCCGUUCAGUGUCUCAAUGAGCUGUUGGCCAACGACGGCGGCUUCUACAGCCUGCCCUCUCAGCACUGUAAUGAGGUCUUCCCGCGGAUCUACGUGGGCAAUGCAUUCAUUGCCCAGAAUAUAAUGAGGUUGCAGCGUUUUGGGAUUACUCACAUACUGAAUGCAGCUGAAGGGAAUUCUUUCAUGCAUGUGAACACAAAUGCCGCCUUCUACAAAGGCACUGGAAUUACCUAUCACGGUAUUAAAGCGAACGACAGACCAAACUUUGACCUCAGCUCUUAUUUUGAAGAAGCUUCAGACUUUAUCGACAAGGCGCUGGCACAAAAGGAUGGCCGAGUGUUUGUUCACUGCCGUGAAGGCUACAGCCGUUCUCCCACACUGGUUAUUGCAUACCUUAUGCUGCGUCACAAGAUGGAUGUAAAAACAGCUGUUUCUACAGUCCGGCAGAAGAGAGAGAUAGGACCCAAUGAUGGUUUCCUAAAACAACUUUGCCAGCUCAAUGAAAAGCUAGCAAAGGAGGGCAAGUUAAAGUCUUAGAGUAGUGCCAUACAUGCAUAGGUGUUGAUCACACACGGAUUAUAAAGACAAGAAACGCAAAUAAGUUGAAAAUUUGAAAGGUUUAUUAUUGUUUGUGCUGUCUGUAGUUGAAAUGCCAAAUAGUUUGGCUUUCUAUUUUUUGAUGUGUAAUGGAACUAUCUGUCAAUUUAAAUUAGUUUUCAAUUAAAAUUUAUUUUUGCACAUGUUUAGAGCCAGAGCCUCUAUAUUAGCUAGCAUGGUACAUGGGGAAUGCAGAUUUUCUUUUGCUCAUCUUGAACUUGCCUUACUCUUGUGUUUUAUUCUGAAUGACAAUUUGGGAUUUAUAUAUCUACUCUAAAAAUAUUUAAUUUAUGGUUUACUGCUUCAUCCCAAAACAAAGUUGUGUCAUGUUGUUUGCUGUUCAUAACCUUGGUGCAUAAUCCUGAAAUAGGAAAUAUAGACAAUAGCCUAGAUUCAAUUAAACUAAUAUCUGAUGGAAAAAAAUCACAGCAACAUAACAUUUUAAAAUGUACACAAUUCAUAGAGAUUUAUACCUGCCUCUUGUCACAUAUGCCAGUUGUAUGUGACUCCGUUAUAAUUAAUGCAUAAAAGUAAACUUAAAGGGACAGUCAUAGUCCAAAUUAAACUUUCAUGAUUCAGAUAGGGCAUGCAAUUUUAAACAACUUUCCAAUUUACUUUUAUCCCCAAUUUUGCUUUGUUCUCUUGAUAUUCUUAGUUGAAAGCUAAACCAAGGAGGUUUAUAUGCUAAUUUCUUAGACCUUGAAGACUGCCUAUUAUUUAAAUGCAUUUUGACAGUUUUUCACCACUAGAGGGUGUAAGUUCAUGUGUGUCAUAUAGAUAAUACUGUGCUAAUACACAUGGAGUUAUCUAGGAGUCAGCACUAAUUAGCUACAAUGCAAGUCUGUCAAAAGAACUGAAAUAAGGGGGCAGUUUGCAAACUGUGUUGGUUAUGCAAAAUUAGGGAAUUGGUAAUAAAGGGAUUAUCUAUCUUUUAAAACAAAACAAAAAUCUAGUGUAGACUGUCCCCUUAAGGAAAGAAAAUUGAGACAACAUCAACACAAGAUACUUCACAAGGGAAACACAGUGUUUAUGCAUUCUACAUGGCUGGCAUUGGUAUAGAGGAUAAAUCCUGAGCAUACCAAAGGUCAGCCAUAUUUUUUGUCUGCAGGGUCCCUGAGACACUUCUUGUUAUAUCCAGGGAAACUAGUUUUGUAGAACAAAACAGCAGUUUUUUUACACUUAGAAACAUUUACAAUAACCAUGUUUCUGAAGUUGUUGUGAUUGUAAUCGUUUUAACCGCUAAGCAAGAACAACCACUAAAUAAUCUGUAGAAAAUACAAGUAAAACAUUACUCAAUUAUUUUCUUCCAUAAGUCAGGGAGAGUCCACAACUUCAUUCCUUACUGUUGGGAAAUACAACACCUGGCCACCAGUAGGAGGCAAAGACACCCCAGCCAAAGGCUUAAAUAUCCUUCACACUUCCCCUAUCCCCCAGUCAUUCUUUGCCUUUCGUCACUAUAGGAGGUGGCAGAGAAGUGUCAGAAGAUUUUGAUAGUCCUGUAAUGAGUAUGUUCCCUUUGAGAAAGGACUGGAGUUUUAAGUUAUCAUGUAAACCUCUCAGUGAGAGUAUUGAUAAAAGUUAGAGUCUGAAGAUGCAGGGAAAGUUUUUCUGUGAACCCAUCUAGACUGUCGCUAAUAGGCUCCUGAGCAAUCAGUGUUGACAAGUUUUACUGCUUGCUGCUACACACUCAAGUCCAUGUCAGAAGUGCUGCUGAAAGACUGUCACACUUGAGAGGCUGUGCCUGUUUCACAGCAUGGAUCCUGGAGGGUAAGACUAAUUUUUAUAUGUACAAAUUUAAAACGCUAUAAAUGGUCACAGUGUGGCUCCUUUAUACCUUGAUAGGAUCAAGGGUUAAUAUCUCCUUCAUAGAGAUUAUUUGAACAGUUUGGGGAUUUAUAUCUGCUUAAUGUGAGAGUUUUUUAGGCUCAUAGACUGUGUGUUUUUUUUUCGCUUGGAACAAACAGGUUUCACUUUUGUUUUUGAAGUGUUGCGCAGCUCAUAACAGCUUGGUGCCCUUUUUCAUAGCAGGGGAAGUCUUUCAUUUCCUAAGAUCCUGCUGCAGACAUCACUCCUGAGGAGAGCGUUUUCACUGUUAGCUGUCUGUGUCUAGGAGGUUGUGAGUUCCCCAGCCAUUGGGAGCAUUAAGGUGCCGUUUUUUUAAAUAAAAGCGUUUCUUUUUGCUUGUCCUUCUGUGGGUACUGUAUAUACAAAGCUAUGGAGGACUCUGAUACUACAUUAGAAGGUUCCACUCCUUCUGUAUUGAUAAAUUAUUCCUGUUUAUAUUGUGAGGAGGCUGUGGUUUGCCCGCCUGCUCAAUUUUUUUCCAUUUGCCUAAACACUGUUCUAAAGUCUAAGAAGGGAGACAAGCCUGCUAAUACUCAUAGCACUAUUAGCCCUUCUGAACCGUCUACUUCUCAGGAAUCUGGGUCCCGAGAAAUUACUACCCUUUCUACAUUACCCGCUCAACUAAUCCUCCAUCUGGAGGGGGCCUUUUUUCCCUAAGGUGGAUGGCACUAUCUCAACGCUGCCUAAGCAUACUACUAUCCCUCUGAAGGAUACUUCUUCUUUUAGAGAGUAUAUGGAUAAGAAAAUUAAAACUUUUCUGAGGAAGAUGUUUCAACUUACAGGGCUUUUAUUUCAACCGGUGGCAGCUGUAGCCGUGGUUGCUAGAGUAGCUACCUACUGGUUCGACACUCUGUCGGAUCUCAUUGAGGUGGAGACUCCACUCGAGGAUAUUCAGGAGAAAAUGAUAGCACUGAGAAUUGCUAACUCCUUCAUCUGUGACGCAAAUAUGCAGAUUUUUCACAUAAAUGCAAAGGCUGCUGGUAGAAGUCUUGGUCUGUGGAUAUGACUUCUAAAUCCAGACUUCUUUCUCUUCCCUACAAGGGGAAGAUUUUAUUCGGUCCAGGACUGAACUCCACUAUCUAUACGGUUACCGGAGGGAGUGCUGCGGAAUCUGUUGGCGCUCUACAAAUAAGCGAUAAUAAUAAUAAUAAUAAAAGGUGCCUUCUUACCGCAGGAUAAGAAGAAUAGGCCUAAGGGACGGCAACUUGUGCUGGCAAGUCACAACGUCAGCAGUCCUCCUCCAAGUCUGAGCAGCCCAAGAGUACUUGGAAGCCGGCUCACUUCUGAAAUAAGUCCAAACAGACUAAGAAGCCUGUCGAGAACAAAUCGGCAUGAAGGGGCGGCCCCCGAUCCGGGAUCGCAUCAAGUAGGGGGCAGACUGUCUCUUUUUUCAGACGCUUGGUUCCAGGAUGUACAAGACCCUUGGGUCCUGAAGGUUGUAUUACAGAAUAGGAUUCAAGUCUCAUCCGGGCAGAUUCUUACUCUCCAGUUUGUCUACAAGACCAGAAAAGAGGGCUGCCUUCUUAGGUUGCGUAUGGGAUCUCUCUUCUCUAGGAGUUAUUGUCCCGGUACCUUCAGCAGAAAGAGGUUUGGGGUUUUAUUCAAACCUUUUCGUGGUUCCAAAGAACCAAUUCCAAUUCUGGACCUAGAGUGCCUAAACAAGUUUCUGAGUGUUCCCUCUUUUAAGAUGGAGACAAUUGGGUCUAUCCUUCCUCUACUUCAGGAAGGACAGUUUAUGACCACAAUAGACCUGAAGGAUACAUACCUUCACGUCCCAAUUCACAGGGAACAUUUUCAGUUCCUAAGGUUUGAGGUUUGCCUUUCUGGACGAGCACUUCCAGUUCAUAGUUCUUCCAUAUGACCUAGCUACUGCUCCAAGGAUAUUUACAAAGGAACUGGGGGCUCUUCUAGCUGUUGCCAGAACAUGAGGUAUUGCAGUAGCACCUUACCUGGAUGAUAUCUUGGUACAGGCACCAUCUUUUUGUCUAGCGGAAGAACAUUCGGAGUCCCUUCUCACUCUUCUUUGAUCACAUGGAUGGAAGAUAAACUUGGAAAAGAGUUCUCUUACUCCAAGUACAAGGGUGAAUUUUCUAGAAACUAUAAUAGACUCCAUACCCAUGAGAAUAUUCCUCACAGAUCAGAGACGUUGCAAGCUAACUUCUGCAUGUCUUGUCCUCCAGGCCUCCUCGAGACCCUCAGUGGCUCAGUGUAUGGAGGUAAUCGGACUCAUCGUGUCCUGCAUGGACAUCAUUCCUUUUGCCAGAUUCCACCUCAGACCCUUACAAUUUUGCAUGCUGAGACAAUGGAACAGCGACCAUUCAGAUCUGUUUCAAUAGAUUGUGCUGGACAGCCUGUUGAGAGACUCACUCUCCUGGUGGCUCUGUCCAGAUCAUCUGUACCAAGGCAUGUGCUUUUUGAGAUUGUCCUGGGAAAUUGUGACUACGGACGCAAGCUUUUCAGGCUGGGGAACCAUUUGGGUUGCCAAGAAGGCACAAGGUCUGUGGACUUGGAAGGAGUCCUCCCUUCCGAUCAAUAUUUUGGAACUCUGGGCAAUCUUCAAUGCCUUGAAGGCUUGGCCCCUUCUGGGUUCAUCCCAGUUUAUCAGAUUCCAAUCAGACAAUAUAACCUCGGUUGCCUAUAUCAACCAUCUGGGGGGGAAUGAGAAGUUCCUUGGCGAUGAGAGAAGUAUCUCAGAUACUAGAGUGGGCGGAGACUCACAAAUGUAUGCUGUCAGCGAUCCACAUUCUGGGUGUGGACAACUGGAAGCAGACUUCCUCAACAGGCAAUCCUUUCACCCAGGGGAAUGGUCUCUUCACCCGAGGUGUUUGCAGAGAUAUGCAGUGAGUGGGGAACGCCAGAGAUAGAUCUCAUGGCAUCCUGCCUCAAUACCAAGCUACCCAGGUAUGGGUCAAGGGAUACUCAGACGGAACUGAUAGAUGCCCUAUCAGUACCAUGGAGAUUCAGACUCAUAUUUUUUCCUUUACCGCUUCUCCCUCGUGUGGUGGCUCAUAUUAACAAGGAGCGAGCAUCUGUGAUUCUGAUUGCUCUGUCGUGGCCGCAAAGGACGUGGUUUGCGGAUCAGGUGAAUAUGUCUUCACCUCCUCAGUGGAGGUUACCUUGUCGCAGAGAUCUGCUGAUACAGGGUCCCUUUGUUCAUCAAAAUCUAGAUUCUCUGAGGCUGACUGCGUGGAGAUUGAACACUUAGCCAAGAGAGGGUUUUUUGAGAGUGUUAUCGACACUUUUGUUCAAGCUCGUAAAUCAGCUACUCGUCAUAUCUGCUAUAAAGUGUGUAGGAUUUGUACUAGUGUGAAGAGCGUGGUUUUUCCUGGCAUAAGGUUAAGGUUGCCAGAAUUUUAGCUUUCCUCCAAGAUGGACUGUAGAAGGGUUUAUCUGCUAGUUCCCUGAAGGGACAGAUAUCGGCCCUGUCAGUGUUAAUGCACAAAAGAUUGGCUGAACUUCCAGAUGUGCAGUCCUUUGUUAAAGGGACACUGAACUCAAAUUUUUUCUUUUGUGAUUCAGAUAGAGCAUGCAAUUUUAAGCAACUUUCUAAUUUACUCCUAUUAUCAAUUUUUCCUUGUCCUCUUGCUUUUUUUAUUUGAAAAAUAAGGCAUCUAAGCUAUUUUUUUGGUUCAGUACCAUAGACAGCACUUGUUUAUUGGUGGAUGAAUUUAUCCACCAAUCAGCAAGAACAACCCAGGUUGUUCGCCAAAAAUGGGCCGGCAUCUAAACUUUCAUUCUUGCAUUUCAAAUAAAGAUACCAAGAGAGUGAAUACAAUUUGAUAAUAGGAGUAAAUUAGAAAGUUCCUUAAAAUUGCAUGCUCUAUCUGAAUCACAAAAGAAAAAAUUUGGGUUCAGUGUCCCUUUAAGGCUUUGGCUAGGAUUAGAUCCGUGUUUAAAUCUGGGGCUCCACCUUGGAGCCUCAAUCUUGUUCUUAGUGUUUUGCAGCAGGCUCAGUUUGAGCCUAUGCAUACUGUUGAUAUUAAAUUGUUAUCUUGGAAGGUUCUUUUUUUGUUGUCUAUUGCCUCUACGCGCAGAGUUUCUGAGAUUUCUGCUUUGCAAUGUGAUCCUUUUAUCUGUUUUUUUUUUCAUGCUGAUAAGGCAGUUUUACGCACUAAACUAGGGUUCCUCCCUAAGGUGGUGUUGAAUCGUAACAUUAAUCAAGAAAUUGUUGUUCCUUCCUUGUGUUAAUCCUUCUUCUGUGAAGAAACAUUUGCUUCACAAUCUAGUUGUGGUUUGUGCCUUGAAGUUCUAUCUUCAGGCUACUAAGGAAUUCAGACAAUCUUCCUCUUUGUCAUCCAUGCGGGGAAGCAUAAGGGGCAGAAGGCUACUACAACAUCUCUAUCUUUCUGGUUGAGGAGUGUCAUCCGCUUAGCUUAUGAGACAGCGGGAUGACAGCCUCCUGAGAGGAUAACGGCUCAUUCCACUAGAGCAGUGGCUUCCUCCUCUUGGGCUUUUAAGAACAAAGCUUCAAUGGAUCAGAUUUGUAAGGCGGCUACCUGGUCCUGCUUACACACUUUUUCUAAAUUUUACAAGUUUGAUGUGUUUGCUUCGACUGAAGCAGCUUUCGGGAGAAAAGUUUUGCAGGCUGUGGUGUCCUUAGAAUAGGGUCCGUCUCUUUUUUCUGUUUCCUUCCAUCCUUUGGAGCUUGGGUAUAGUUUUCCCAACAGUAAGGAAUGAAGUCGUAGACUCUCACUGCCUUAUGGAAGGAAAACAUUUAUGCUUACCAGAUAAAUUCCUUUCCUUCCUGGCAGGGAGAGUCCACGACCCCGCCCGUUAUUUAUUUUUUUGAUGGGCGGCCCCCAUUUUUAUAUUAUUUCUUCUGGCACCUUUUAUAUCCUGAUGUUUCUCCUACUUUUCCUUGUUUCCACGGCGUAAUGACUGGGGGAUAGCGGAAGUGGGAGGGAUAUUUAAGCCUUUGGCGGUGGUGUCUUUGCCUCCUCCUGGUGGCCAGGUGUUUUAUUUUCCAACAGUAAGGAAUGAAGUCAUGAACUCUCCCUGCCAGAAAGGAAAGAAAUUUAUCUGGUAAGCAUAAAUUAUGUUUUUCAAAUGUGAUCUCACCUUCCCAACAAGGUCCCUCGGCAACUUCACAAAACUCUAUGGAUCUAGGCUAUUGUUUUUAUUGCAUGUAGCAUAUAUUUUAUUUUCUAUGCUGCCUAAUGCUUAUUUAUUUACACAUCUAGUAAAACAUAUCAUUUGAAAAAUUCCUACAAACCGGAAACUUAAAACAUGAAAAAUAAGCUGUAUGUUUUUGAAAGAAAGAUUUUACAGAGUAUUUUGAGUUGGAAAGUAAAAAACAACAACAUUGUAUGAGACUGAAAUUAAGCAGUCAUAUUUGGAUAUAAAUUAAUAUGGUUUAAUCUGAAAAUAUAUUAAAUAUGCCUGUUGGAUUUAGCUGACAUGGGUUUUUACUGAUUGUAUUAGUGGAAACACCUUUUCAUGUAUAAGAAAUGCACUAUUUUAAAACAAAUAUAAAUUUAAUUAAACAUUCCAUACUUAAUAAGUGAAAUAUAUUUGCACAAUGUGAUAUCUCUCCUCACAAAAAAAAAUAUCAUCCAUACCUACUGACACUGCCCAACCUAGCACAGACAUGGCACAAUAAGAACAUUAAUAGUCUGGUAAAGUGUGAUAUAAAUGCAGUAUUUGUUAUAUGUUUGUAUUGAUGUAUAAAUUCCUCAUUUUUUAAAAGUUUUCCCCAAUCUUGAAUGCUCUUAGACAUGAUAGUUUUAAUGCUGUGUAAUUUAUAACACGGGUGCCUAUACUAUAGGGGCAUACAUAGGUAAAGGUGAACACAACUGGUUAUAUGCAAACUAAAAUUACUCACAUUUGCCUGUGUAUGUUUUUCUAAUAUUUCAUUUGUAUGUGUUGUUUGAAAACUACGUUUUGUGUGAAUAAAUAUAUUGGGAAAAAUA